GCUGCCCUGGCCGGACUUCAGAGAGCUCGGCGGAGAAGCGGCUCCCACUGCCGCGCAUCUUCGUUGGAGGGUCCAGAUCGUGCCCUACUAAGGGGUGAAGGCGACAGUGACAGCUCUGCGGGUUGGAAGGACGCAGGAGGCUGGGCUGCAACUUUGGGAUGCCUUGGGAGCCCAGUCCACCAGGAGGAAAAUGCGUCCUGUGUUGGGGUCCUGACACCUGCAGAUGGGGCUUUGCCAUGAUUUCUUCUGGAUGUUUCUGUAAGGAGAUUGUUUCUGUAGAGAAAUGCCACUUCAGCAUCAUAUACACAGUCAUAAAAUUCAUAUCAAGAAAUGGGACCAGCCAGUCUUACCUGGAACCUGAGGCAAAGAGGAAAAAGUCACACCCUAGGAAUGCAGUGGUGUCCUUUGAAAGAAGAGGAUGCCAUUCCCCGUGUGAGGGCAAUGGAAGCUCAUGGGGGACGACCACCGGAUCCAGAGGGAGAGCGACCAGGAGAGGAUACCAGCGUGAGACAGCGGAGCGGUCGGCCUCCUGAUGUUGGCGGUGCUGAAUGUGUAGAUAACACAGAUGGCAAAUUGCUAAGACAACUGCAAGCUCAAGAAAAAGCCCAACAAGCAGCACAAAUAAAGCUUUUGAGAAAACUCCAAAAGCAGGAACAGGCUCACAUUGCCAAAGAAGCUAAAAAACAACAAGCAAUAAUGGCUGCUGAGGAGAAGCGACAGCAAAAAGAGCAGAUAAAGAUUAUGAAACAACAGGUUGUGGAGGAAUCUCUGCCCUGCUUCCAUGGGAGAGGCCGGCCUCAGACUACUGUUCUGCUAUGGCGGAGCCACGUCAGAGUUGAAAUUGGAGGGACGCUGUUUGUCACCGUGAGGGGCCUCCGAGUAGUGCUGCCACCCAGGGGUUCGGGGCGCCCCGAGUUACCCGGUAUUCCCAGUAACUGGGCUGAUUACACCGGGGUGUUUCCUACAAGAAUUAAGAGAAUACAACAAAUGAGAAUGGAAAAAGGUCUUCGAGCCCAGCAAAUUCUGGAGGCUAAGAGGAUAAAGAAGGAAGAAGCUGCAAAAGCCAAAUUAUUGGAGGCUGAGAAACGAAAACAGGAAAAAGAACGGUCGAAGCAAGAAAAACGUGAUGAGAAACGAUUAAAGAAAGAGCUUAAACUAGAGCAACGAAGAUUAGAAUUAGAAAUUGCAAAAGAACUAAAGAAGCCUAAUGAAGACAUGUGCUUAGCAGACCAAAAGCCUUUGCCAGAGUUGCCUCGUAUUCCAGGACUUGUCCUCUCUGGAAGUACAUUUUCAAACUGUCUCAUUGUGGUGCAGUUCUUACGAGUCUUCGGUAAAGCUUUAGGCUUUAAUGGGAAUACUGAUGUUCCAGACCUGAGUAUUCUUCAAGAGGGAUUGCUGAAUCUAGGGGACAGCAUGGCUAAGGUACAAGACCUGCUUGUGAGGCUCCUGUCAGCUGCUGUGUGUGAUCCAGGUCUAAUUACAGGAUACAAGGCCGAAACAGCUCUUGGAGAACAUUUGCUGAAUGUUGGUAUGAAUCGAGACAAUGUUUCCGAGAUCUUGCAGAUCUUUAUGGAGGCCCGUUGUGGACAGACUGAGCUCACCGAAAGCCUGAGGACCAAGGCUUUUCAGGCCCACACUCCGGCCCAGAAAGCCUCGGCGCUGGCCUUCCUGAUCAGUGAGCUGGCGUGCAGCAGGAGGGUGGUGAGUGAAAUUGACAAGAACACUGAUUAUAUGUCAAACUUGAGGAGAGAUAAAUGGAUGGUAGAAGGUAAACUCCGCAAGCUCCGAAUCAUUUAUGCUAAGAAAGCAGGCAAGAGAGACACUUCAGGUGGCAUCGAUCUUGGAGAAGAGCAGCACGCGUCGGCCACCCCCACAGCAGGAUACAAGCGAAGAAGGAAGGGCGGCGACAGUGACGCUGAUGGCAACGAGGAGGAGGAGGAGGAGGAAGACAAGGAAGACAGAAAAGGAAAGAAAACUGAUGUCUGUGAAGAUGAGCAACAGAGUCAGUACAGAAGGGAGCUCUUCGAUGCGUCUCACUCUUUACGUUCAGUGAUGUUUGGCCAGGAUCGUUACAGACGUCGGUAUUGGAUUUUUCCCCAGUGUGGGGGGAUUUUUGUAGAAGGCAUGGAGAGCGCUGCAGGGCUGAAAGAAAUUGCAAAAGAAAGAAAAAAACGAAAAAAAGCAGAAAGCAUCCAGACCAAAGAAAUAUUUGAUACUUCUGACGACACUUUAAAUUGUUCAAAUCCGGAUCAUUGUGAGCAAAAGGAAGAUCCUAACGAAAAAGAUAACACAAAUCUAAUUCUUCAGAAUCCUGGCUCUUUUUCCAAAUUAAGCAAGCUUUUAGAAGUAGCUAAGGUGCCUCCUGAGUCAGAUGUAACGACCCCCAAACCAAAGAGCGGUGCAGAUGGGUGCGCACUGCCUCACCAGAACCGUGGGAGACACUCACCGGGCAGCAUGCAGCCAACGGUGACACAGAACAGCGUGGAAGGGACAGACUCGAAUCUGGUCAGUACCGGUUCAGGUGGUGCAGGCAAGGUCUACAGUCCUCCCCCCAGGGACCAGUUGUUACUGCCAAGAACACCUUGGGAGGACGCUUCCCUUACCCAAGCCGAUGCGCCAGCUGCUUCUUCACCAACUCCUCGGGCCCAGCCGCCCUCUAAGUCACCUGCAGCUCUUGAAGUAGCCAAACCAGUAGAUUAUCCUAGUCCAAAGCCUAUUCCAGAAGGUGGGUACCUUGAGAGGGUUUGCUGUAGCCACUUACUGUAUUGUAUUGUUACAGAUCUCUAUAUUAUAGCUGAAUCUUUGAUGUUUUUAUAUAGUUAUAAAUUUUUUCAUUUAGGCAUAAGAGAAAAGGCAUUACAAAAACAAAUUCAGAAACACCUGGAUUACAUCACUCAAGCCUGCAUCGAGAAUAAGGAUGUUACCAUUAUUGAAUUAAAUGAAAAUGAAGAAAACCCGGUAACUCGAGAUAUUGUGGAGAAGUGGUCAGUAGAAGAACAAGCAAUGGAAGUGGAUUUGAGGAUUCUUCAACAGGUAGAAGAUCUGGAAAGGAGAGUCGCAUCAGCAAGUUUGCAAGUAAAGGAAAAUCUGCAAGAAUCUAGUCCUGAUUCUGUAGAAAGCCGAAUUACUCUACUAGCUCCUGGUUGGAUGUGUCCAGAACCGGCAUCAGAAAGGGAGGACUUGGUCUAUUUUGAACAUAAGUCAUUUUCUAACUUGUGCAAGGAGCACGAUGGAGAAUUUACUGACGCAGAAGAAAGCAGUGCGCAUGCACUAGAGCGGAAGAGCGACAACCCCCUAGAUAUAGCUGUAAGCAGGCUGUCUGAGUUGGAGCGAAACAUUGAAAGGAGGUAUCUGAAGAGCCCCUUAAGUACCACCAUUCAGAUCAAACUGGAUAAUGUGGGCACAGUUACUGGCCCUGCUCCUGCACCAUCCACUAGUGGUGAUGAUGACGGAAUUGAAGAGGAUAUUGUUCCCGGUCUCAGGGUGUGGCGAUGGGCAUUAUCAGAAGCUCGCAGUGCUGCCCAGGUGGCUCUGUGCAUUCAGCAGUUACAGAAAUCCAUAGCAUGGGAAAAAUCCAUUAUGAAAGCUGCAAGUUCACUGAAAAGGGGCCGCAAAAACAGAAAAAGGAAAAUAGAGGAAAACACCUGCGGUACUGGAGUAAAACAAGAACGCUGUACUCGUGGAAAGAAACUGAAACAGGACAACUCUGACCCGACUCUUGGCAGCCUUACUAAAAUGCAAACUCGUCUCAAUAAAGACAUGAAAAAAAGAAAAAUAGAAGAAAACACCUUCACUAACUUACCAAACCAGGAAAGCUUUCAUUCUGUAAAGAAAAGGAAGCAAGACCACUCUGACCUGACUCUUUCCAGUACCCUUACUGAAAUGGACAGUCAUGAAGAUGCACGGCCUUUUGUAGAACUGCCGGAGUGCAGCACACGGAGUCGUCUGCGUUUCCGCCUCAGGGAUGGAAGACACGUUUUUAUUAAAAGUGCGUAAGCAGCUUUAUAAUAACAUGUCUGGUAUCUGGGGGUCUCGUCAACAAGAAAUAAAGUGGUUAAACACACACACAGAGCAGUCUUUCAAGAAUGAUCAUUUUCUUUUAAACAAAUACAAUAUCCCUGAAUAAAGGAAAGCUUGGUGUGCAUAUUGGCUACUUUGGGCUGGUGUUUUCAUCACUGGUGGUACAUACUCAGCAGGAGCAGCUGGGCAGGAAGUAGUGGGCAUGGUAUGAAAAUGGCAGUUGGUCCAGUACUAAUUGUCACUGUACGUGUGGGUAUCAUUUGUUCUGUGACUGACUUGCACUCGAGGUGCCCUAGGGUGAGUGUAUCCUCAAGCCCCUGGCACGGUUCUCCUCAAAUAACCAAAGUCCUCCU